AUGCCUGGACCCUUUCGAAUUCUUCACCGAUGGGUCUAUGACAUGGAUGUGACUUUGUCUUCCGACACGAUCUUUGGUGUCCUUGAUGCUGCUCGAAAGUACAUGGUUGAGGACUUAGAAUUGACAUGUCGACGUUGGAUUGCCUUAGAAGCUCGAUCAGCGACGGGAGCUGUGGGACUUUUCUGUGCAGCCGUGGCGGGUCAGUGGAUUCCUUGGUCUCAAGCGCUACGCGCACGGGUGGAGUCCUUUGGUGCUGCAGCUUUGGCUGCCUGUCCCGAGGCAAUCAGCCGCCUACCAGCGGAUGCAUUUAUGUCUUUGUUGACAAGUGAGGAUUUGUCUGUGGCAAAGGAAGAAGAAAUCUUUGAUGCCGUCCAGGGCUGGGCCGCUGCAGCCAGCGAGCGCAGCGAGGAACUGCGAGAUGCGAGGGAACGAGGGAACUGCAAGGAGGGAACGGCGGCAACUGAUGAGUUGCCGGACAUUCCGUUCUUUGCGGAGAAGGUGGUGUUGCCGCAGACUUGGUUGGGCCGCUUGACGCAGGACCGCUUUUUCUCUUUUAAGGGUGUCAGGGAACAUGUUUGCUCAGAGACGGUGGAGAAAGGAGCAAAGCCUGUCGGUGUUUGUGUCCAGAGCGAUGGGAGACUGCCCGGCUCGGCCAUCAAGCCUACUGGCAAGGCGCCGGAGCCUUGCAGCCAGAGCAACAGGCUUCAGCUGAUUCUCCGUGAUUGCAGCUACGAGGAGCGCCGGUUGUUGGGGGCGGAGGCGUCGGACGACACAACGUCCAUUAUUGAUAGCAUCAUUGAGCUCAGGCAUGAAGACACCUACCCGAGAACUCUUGCCCAUUGUCUUGUACAGAAAGCUUUGGCUGACUAUGAGCACUGCAGUGAGUGGGUCAGCAUGUGGACCGAGCUCUGGGGUGCCUUGCGCGCCGCGGGCCUGCGCGACGAGUGUGUUCGAGCUACAGUUGACUACUGUCAGAAUUUAUUUGAAGAGGAACCGUCUCCAGAGAAUUUAGUUGGAGUUUGGAUAUGCCCACAUGACACACUUGGCUUGGUGCGAGUCUUGUGCAACCUCAACGACUCGCGCAAGCUGGCGGUGCUUCCUUUGAUGAAGGUCCUGGAAGCUCUCGUCCACCCCUCAGCUUCCUUCCUCGGAGACCGCGGUGGAAGCGUGUGUUUGUGA